AUGGCAUCAAAUCGUGACUCCAUCGCCUCAAACCCAGCGCCUGCCAACGAGGACAGCAGCGCCGAUGUUACAGCCGCCGUUGAAGACCUCUUGAACUCCUUGUCCAACAAAUUUGCUGGGGUCUCAUCCGAGAUAUUCGCCAAGAUGGACGAAAUGUCUCGAAGGCUCGAUAACCUUGAAGCGGCAUUGUUAGAAAGUAAAAACAAGGAAGCAGGCUCCGCACCCAAAUCUUCAUGA